AGCUCAGAAGCAAUCCGCCUUCGCCCCCUUCGAUUUCGAUUUGCUUUCUUCAGUUGAUGAGCAGAGCCAAAUAUCCAUGCUUUCAGCAAGGAACCCCUUUGCAGGUCCUAUGCCUGCUGCGUCUUACACGAAGGACAAUGUCUUCAUUCGAGCUGAGAAGACCUGGAUCGAAGCGCAGAACUUCUGCCGGGUUGAGCACUCGGACCUGGUCAGCAUCCAGUCGCUGGAGGAGAACGCGCUUGUCGCCCAGGUUCUCCAGAGCGACAUGCCGGCUUGGAUUGGCCUCUUCAACCGGCACCAGUCCGAAUACAGCUGGAUGUGGGCCAACGGCGACGAGUUCAUCUACUCCAACUGGGACAACUUCUACCCGAUGGACUACGCCACCAUGUCCGUCUGUGUCAUCAUGCUGAACGGCCGCUGGAAGGACGUGCCCUGUGACUUCAAGUUCUCUUUCGUCUGCUACAGGGGUUAACCGGGCUUUUACUCCAAGAAGAGAAAAAGUAUUUGGGACUCUUCAGAAUGACUUGAAGUUUACUGACAAUGGCCUGAGAAGGAAAAUG